CUGGAGAGCCAGCACGAAAAAUCGUGUGCAAAAAAAGCGUAUUGCGUCUUAUUAUCUAUUAUUCUUAUCUCAUCUUAUUAUUCUAGUUUCUUUGCAUCCACCCACCACUCCUCUACCCGCACCAACUACAUAAAUUCGCUGAAUUCGCUGAAUUCGCUGAGUUCGCGGAACUCGACGCGUUUUCCUAUUUUCGUCUUGCGCUGAGUGGCAUUAUUGGCGAUCAUUGGGUCAAGGAGGUGGAUCUGCUGCCCAGGCAGAGCUGGGCGCAAGCAAGGUGCAUCGGAUUAUCGAGCCCCGGAGUGCAGCAAGUGCAAGUGGUUGGCUCAUUCAACGCCUGCCACGGCGCAAUGCGGGCCACCUCAGCCCACAAACCUCAACCAGUUUCAGAUUCAGUUUCGAUUUCAAUACAACAAUUUUACAAUUUGUUACAACCGAGCGGGACUGCGACUCCGACUGCGACUGCGACUGACGGCCAGCUGAGCAGAGCUCGGCGGCAGAGCUGCUGUUUUUGUUACGGCAGCGGCUGGGUUUUUGGCGCAACUCAACCUGGCUCUGGCGCAUGCGUGGAUGAUUAGUGAAGUGCGAGACAUCGCGGCAAUCGGACGUUACAGACGCGUGGAAGAUCGAAUCUUCAGGACCCGGUCCCAGACCCAAGCCCAGACCCACACCGAGACUAGGAUCGCAGCCAGCAUCAAUCGGAGUGACAGUAGCCCAGUAAACGAAAUGGCGCAGCGAGUUCCUCUAACGCUGCUCGGUGUGAUGCUCCUCAACGCGGCCACCUCCUUCGCCUGGAAGCCCAUCGCCGUUAGCGGCGGCAGCGGGAUUAGUGGCGGCACAGCCGCCUACAGCAUCAAGCAAUCGCAUCCGGGGGCGGCGAGCAGCAGCCAUGAAAUAUCCACUAGCUUCUCGCAGUUCGGCGGCGACAAGGAGACCACCGAGGUCGAGGACGAGCUUCUGCUGGGCCGCGCUGCCAUUGUGAACGGCGUCGAUUCCAGUGCAGCGGUGUCCCAUCCAAUCAGCUUUGCAGACCACUUGGAGGACCAGUACGAGUCGUACAGCAUCGAGGACGAGGCCCCCAAGGAGCCGCUGGCGUUCCCGCGCACUCCGCUGUACGGCUCCGAUCGCUGCAGCGUCAAGAAGUUCGCCUUCAACCAGGACGGCGAGGUGGAGUACGGCAAUCCGAUGCCGGAACUGGACCAGUUCACUAUCUGCUUUUGGAUGCGAUUCACCAACCACAGCGGCGACCACGUCCUCUUGACCUACGAGGCUAAAAAGGAACCACGCGAGGUGCAAAUCUGGGUCGCAAAUGCGCAGAAUUCCAGUUUCCUUUCGAUGGCCAUAAAAGGUCAGCAAAUGUACAGAUUGAACUACCCGCUGAAAAUGCGCCAGUGGCAUCACAUGUGCAGCUCGUGGAAUGGCAAGACGGGCGAGUGGCAGGCCUGGCUGAAGGCAGAACGCAUUGGGCGUGGUUUCCACAACUCGUUGGUGGGACAUAAAAUCCCAGCGAACGGCAAGCUGCGUUCCGGCGGCAGUUCGGUCACCGGUGAGGUGAGCCACGGCCUCCACUUCGAGAUGACGCUCGUCCAGGUCUAUCGGGUGGCGCUCAGUGCCGGCAAGGCGCAUCGCGACCACAAGCACCACCAUGUCCAUCAUUUUGACCACGAGGGCCAGGAGGUCUCCAGCACCACUCGUGCCCCACCCUCGAUUAACCGUCCUCAACCUAUGCACACCCUGCUCGCCAGUGGCCAGAUCCCCACUCGGGUGCGCAUCAACUUGGCCAAUCCCCCGCCGACUGCAAGUGGAGCUCCGGCUCCUGGGGCGGCUGGUGUUCCGACCGAUCCCGCCCAGCAGGCCAUCACCAUCAAUACGAAUUUUGUGAACGGACAGAUAAACGCGGGAUCGCGGCUCGUGGCCCAGCAACUCCUGGGUCUCUCGCCGCCGAGCGGAUUGCAACCUGGCGGUGGUGGCAAGCGCUUUCAAAUGCUAAGUAACUCCGCCAACGUGCAGUUCAUCGACGAAACGGAGACCCACAUCCAGUUCAAGCGGGAAGUCGACGCCACCAAGAAGCUGCAGAAGCGCGGUCUGGUGCUGCUGGACGAUGGAUCUGUGGUGGACGACGGCGUUGGGUCCGGAACGGAUGCCAGCUUGAUUUACAACGGUCUCGCCGACUUUGGCGGACAGCAGUUUAAGCAGGAUCUGACGCUCAAGAUGAGCUUGGAGGAGGAGAUCAGCACGCACGACCGAGAGCCCGCCGAGGAGGAGGUAAGGGCCGUGAUGUCCAUCUGUAGCAGCUGCCACACGGAGCCCUUCCAGGGUGCCAUCGUGUUUUCGUGGAAGGAUGUGCGCGAGCACAUGAACAACGCCCUCAAGGGACUCAGCGUGGGUCCAUGUGGUAACUUCUAGUUGUGCCCAAAGUACGGAUAACAUUCUAGUGUCCAAGAACCCAGCUUAAGCUUUCCCAGCCCCACCCCAUUAUUUUCAUAUAUAUUUUUUUUUCCAUAUACGAAUAAGUAUUCGAUUGCUUUGGGCAUCUUGUGUCCCACUUGUCCAUGUGGGAGUCAACGCUUUACUGUGGCCACCCAGUUGGCCAAUCAACAAUCCUUGACUCGCUCAUGGACACCAAUCCAUCCUCCUUCUCUAAACCCUUAAUCCUCACCCUAGCAAUUUCGCGGUGAUAUUGAAUAAAGGACUAUUUAACUGAUACCUUCUA